CUUCGAUAUUUCGAUCUGCAAUUGUAUCUGUCUCUGUACCAACAUGGCCUUUCACAAGAACUCGAAGAUGGUUUUCUCCAGCGCAGGAAGCACCCGCGCUCCGAUUCUUGUUGCUGCCAUUGUAGUUGUGUUGCAGUUGACGGCAUUGAUGUCCACCUCCUCGUCCACAGGUUUCAAUCUUUUCGCAGCAGCCGUGCAAGUUCAGGCUGCAAAGGGUAGUAGUUCAACGAGCACAAGAACGCAGGAUGCUCGUCUGGUGGGUCAGUGUGUUGUGUACGCGUCCGAAAUUCAGGAGUGGUGUCACAAUGCUCAGGUGGACUCGCUUAUCGCAAGGAAAAACUGUUUCACUGUAAACUUGUGAUGCGUAGUAAAAUGGAACAGUGAAGUAUUUAUUGUCUUGCUGCACAUGCAAGACAGUGGGUUUUCAGCUGGGUUUUCCCUUAAGAAGCUUGCAUGGAAAAUUUUCUCGGUCAUGUAGAUUAAACUUGUGAUGCAAAACGUGCCAAACCCUUAGUUACAGUGAAACACUUUUUUCGUACGAUAUCGCUGGAUAAAGUUCUCGGAGAUAUGACUUCAUCUUCGAACCCUGGUGCAGCUCCUGCUCCCGCGUCGGUGCAGCAAAAGAUCACUUGGGUGAAAGACUUUCUGGGUCAGUUUAGCGAACACCUGACAGUGAAAGUUAAGGAGGUGUUUGAGGUAGGAACAACUGCAGUAGAAGGAGAAAAGCAUGGUCAGGAGCGAGUCUACUUUCUGGAGACGUGGCAGGAAUUCCGCAGCUAUGUCGAAGCAGAAUUCGGCAUUAAGAAGCGGAAGUCUUUUCGUGGCACCUUUGGGGACUACAAGCGCAUGUGGGCCAAAUUUGCGGAGCUGCUAAUGCCCUUCGUCCUUGACGUCAACUUAGCAUUUGGCCUUCACCGGGUCGUCUCCGCCGCCCACAAAUGCCUGGAGCCACGCACGAUUUUCGUGGAUAAGGAGUGUAAAGAGGUUUUGCAUCUGAAAGAAAACAGAGACCACGACUGGGCUGACUCACAGUUUACAGACCGAGACCUGCUAGACAAUUACGUACGCGAAGCGGAAGCAAAAAAGCGGGAGGUCGAGGUGGAAUUGUUUCAAGAGCUCGUGAGGCAGGUCCGGAAGCGCCAGCUGGCGAUGGCCGUGGAGGCUUCUGCUGCUCGUCCCGCGGUAGUGCAGCUGCCCGAAGGAGGCCUCACAACUGGUGUGUAUCAAAUGUAAAAAUGUCUGGGUCUGGAAGAGUCAUCCUGUUUUUGCAUGACACAGAAGGUCUGGCAUGGAAGCUGUAGCAUCACCGGUUUCGAGAAGCUUCCGCAAUGCCGAAUCCGCAUGACAAAUCCCCCAAUUUGGUGACAGAAAGUGGGUACCUUUUGCUACCUAUGCAUGAGAGAUUUUUCUGUGUUCUGAAAUGCGCAUCACAAGUUUGCAUUCUUCCAGACCCAGACCACACUUUUGCAGUUCAUAGUGUGGACGAUCCAACUAUCUCCACAUCACCGGACGACGACGAGCUAUCAAAUGUAAAAAUGUCUGGGUCUGGAAACUUGUGAUGCUGUGUGGCGUAUCAUGAGGAGGCGACAAUUGCUGGCUCAGCAUGACAAGUUUCUGAGCUUCUAGGUGUUGCCUAUUCUGCAUGACAAACUACGUUUCUGCAUUCUAGCAAUCGAUAGCGGUUUUGCGGCUGCGGCCGGGUGGUAGCUAGGACGUGGAGCAAGUAUCCACCUAGGGGUAUCGGCAGAGGCUAAAUCUGUUCUAACGCCCAAGGUAUCGGCAGAGGCUAAAUCUGUUCUAACGCCCACCCGCCAGGAGUGAAAUGGUCACUACUACUACUACAUGCAUGACAGAAAAGUGGGGCUCUUUGGUAAUGUGCAUGACAGAUUUAAGAGUCAUGCCAGACAAGCAUGACAAACUUGCAUUCUUCCAGACCCAGACAUUUUUACAUUUGAUACGAGCUAUCUGACUCUGAUUCAUCGGGGGGGGAAAACACCAAACACUCCGAGGAAAGGAUUAAGCAAGCGACGAAAAACAGGAUUGACGAUGAGAAAAAAAAGCUUGCUAACGCGGAAGAACGAGAAAUGCUUGAAAAAAUGCUGGAAGAAGGUCGAGAAGAGGCCGAGAUGUUUCUGAAAGAGCAAAAAGAGAUACCGGAGUGCACGACACCUCCGUCCCCGCUUCUCGUUUCAUUUGUGAUGGUGCAAAUUAAGUAAGUAAUAUUGAACGAACACCGCGUAAUAUGGCACACCUGGUUUUUCUCUUUUGGCAUUUUUUGCAUGGCAAGUUAUUCAACAUGAUCUAGAUGAUAUUUAUUACCAAUGUUGCCAAAAAGCACUGCAUUCGACAUGGAGUAGCUUUGUCGUUAGGAGGCGAAAGCGUUGUUGUUGCUUGUGUUGCUGAAGACGCCAUGCAAAUGAGGGGACGAGGGGGACGACGAGUAGUUUUCCACUCUGAUAAGACAAGGGCCUGACCCGGAAUUUUUUGGAAGAGGCUAGACACCAAGACCAGCAGAAGGCGAAGCGCAAGCUCUUCAAAAGUAAACUGGACAAAGCCCUGGUGCAACGAAUUGCGGAAGCGAUAUUGCAAGGCCGGCACCGACGGCCACAAGCCUGGCGGCGCGUAGAGGCAGACAUUCGGCGCCUUGAGAUUAUCCUCUGUGCAAAGUCUUGUCUGUUCUAAUUGCAACAAGAAGGAAGAUAAAGGCUCUCUUAAAGUUUAUUCGUAAUGUAUGUCUGGAUUUUUUUGAAAAAGAACGAGAGCCUACUGCUGCGAUAAGGAGUCUCACAUGCAGACAGGUAUUAAGACACAGCUUUUGCAAUGCAUAGCGACGCGUUUAGAGAAAGCGCAGUCGGACGAUGAUAUCGUAGUCGGGGUGCUGAACGAUUUGUCGCACACCAUGAAAAAGAAUCUCAUCCGCAUCUGUGGACAGGAGGAGGCUGAUGUUGCGCCCUCGCCUAGGGGUGCUCCCGUAUCCUCAACAACUCCUUGCGUGCCGACCUUGUGGAAGAACGAAUUUGCCGAGCGUCUGCAGCAACACAAUUGUCCGGCGGUAGGGUUUGAAUAUGAUAACAGGAACAGGCUUCAGUCCCUGAAGUUUGUCUUCCGACCGAAUUGGCAAGAAGAAGUGGAGCGAGGCCAGUUGAAGAUUUUCUACCGAGAGAGGCAGCAAGACCGAAUCACCCUUGACGAAGCGGUCGAGGUGUCUAUCGAUGACGCUUUGUGGACCUUCCUCGAGAGCAGCGCUUUUGGUGAUGCACCAGAUGAAAGGUUUGACAAGUUUAACGACUGCCUCGCGCACACGUAUCGAGGUGCGCGGGUUUCCUACCUUGGUAGCCUGCAGCUGCUGGACCUAACACUGACCAGCCAACGGCACAACCUUUCCGAGCUCCUCGGGACUCGCACGAGCCUCGGCAACCGGCUGCGGGAGGCGGUGCUCAGUAGCCCCAGUUACAAAAGGGCGAUGGAAGUUCAGGCACAGUGGAUCAGGUUCCUAACGGAAUGGGAGGUGGUUUGGCGCCAGGAGGUUUGGACAUGGCACUUCCAAGUGAUGAAGGAUUUUGUGGGGUUGGAAGCUGAUGAACCGAACUACCAGAUGCUGGACACUUUGAAACGAGAGAGCAAUCUGCGCGCUGCUGUUUUUAAAGCGUGGGAAAGUGUCUCUUUUGCGGUUCGUGUGGCCCACCUGCGGGAAGAUAAGCCGGACGCCUGUCUCGUCGGUCUCGCGGGCAGCACCAAGGCCGCCCCCCCUGCGGUCUCCUGCGGGCUGCCUGUCUCCCGUCGCCUCCCAGGCGGCAUAUCUGGUGCCAACGAGCACCCGCGAAAAAAGUUGGAGGCGAUUAUGACCAAUGAGAUCCUUGUCUUCGAGCACUUGGACCCGAUCAAGAGCAUCGAGGAAAUGGUGAGCGAGGGAAAAGUGGGGGCCACAAUGCUUUCAUCGGAACGGCUGCUGCUGCUUAGCUUUGAUAUUCCCAAAGCUGCAGCCCCAUCCGCCAAGUGUAGCGCUAGUUCUGAUGACAAGCAUCUUCCUUCGCCAGACGGCGCCAUCGGCAAACAUGAUUCGCCAGAAGGGCGGGAAGCAUUCUCGUCCGGGCUACAACUUGGGGCACUACUCGAAGACGAGCAAAAAAACGAUGAAGCGCGCGCGAAGGCAACGGGUGUGAAUUUCACAGUUGACUAUCAAAUCGACAGUCCCGCCUUCAUGGCCAAUCUUCUGGACUUCUUUAUCAAAUAAAAAAAAACCUCCGUUUCGCGGUACACGACAUAUUGUGAUCAUCAUGCAAAGAAAUUUAUGCAACUACACGGGAUGUUAAACCCCUGCUGGAACUGCAAAAUAAACUAUCUUCCUACUCAAUAUGGAAGUUGUAGACACCAGAUUUGUAGCUGUGGCGUCUUCUCAAAAGAAAACGCACUGCGCAUGGCAACAACAAAUAAAUUUUUCAUCUUUAUUGGCAUGUGGCGCUGCAGAAGGCUCCUUCUACACAAGAUUUAUUUGCCUACCGUGCAUAUGAUAAUUAAAUAAACCCCCAAGCAAAGUCCGUCGUGUGUAAUGAAAUCGACCACUUUUUCCGGACGAUACAGAUACUUUUGAAUCUUGGCUUUUCGAAGGAGGUCGGGAAAAAGAAGAGCCCAUCACCACGUUCCGUCCCGAAAGCCGAGUGGGAAAAAUUGAAAAAGCAGUUGUUGGACGACUUGACAGACGCGCAGGUGAAAGAAAAGUUGGAGGAGCAUGACGAGAAGCGGGUUUUGCACCGCAGAAUCAUGAUGGACAUCUUAUUCCAGGAACCCGGAGCAGAUGCAUUGGAAUUCCUGAAAAAUCGCACGAAACAAUUCGACAAGGGAGUCCCGAAGCACAAAAAACCUCUUGCUGCGUUUGUGGGAGGAGGUGGUCAAGGAACAAUCCCUGAAGCUUCCGUCAAGGAUAUCCUGAGUAAAAACGUACCCACACCAGAGUCAGGAUGGGGAUUUUGCAACACAAACCCAGGAGUUUUGUGAGUCGCGCAUGACAAGUUGCACUCUGCAGUGUAGUGCAGGUUAGCAAGUGCAGCCGCAUCACAGAUUCGUCUGCUCAUCCUGUUCACAGCAUCACAAAUUCCAAAACACGACUGGAAAUGGCUCCCAUGGGGAUGCGCAUUACAAGUCUUCCUGUCUUUGCAAAUCUGCAUUACAACUCUGGUGUGGGUACGUUUUUACUCAGGAUAAAGGAAGGAUCGGGUCGUGCGGGCCAGGACGUCGACGACCUGAAGAAGAUAUGAAAUGCAAAAGCAUCGUGGUACUCGUAUAAAUGCAUUACAAAUUUUGUCAGCAUGAGAAAUGAAAUUUGUGAUGCGGAUUUACCUUAAGAAAAAGAUUUGUAAUGCAUGACCGCAAUACGAGCGCGAUACUCUUGCACAGGAUAGAAGAAGUCCCCUUCAGGUCAAGGCCGCCGACGUGGUGGAGCUGCACGGAGCCCUUCGGCUAGCCGAAGGAAAAGCCGAAGUCCCUCACCGCACAGCAGGAAGAGCCGAAGUCCCUCACCGCAUAUCGUCCGCACAGUGGGAAAAAAUAAAAGGGGCAAGAAACCUAGUAGUAAAAAAAAGUAA